AUGGCAUCGACACAGAGCAGUGGUCUCCAGAGGCGACGCGGUGCAGGAGCCGCUAUCGCCGCCGCUGGUCCCAGCACAUCCGCCAGCCGUAUCGACGACGACGACUACACACCUUCGCGCACCGGCUCGCCCGCCCCCGCCGGCUCCUCGACACCAACACGCAGCGCCGCUGGCAUUCCCGCAUCCGCCUAUGGGUCUCGUUCGGCAACCGGCUCCGUGACCACAUACGACGAGUCCACAGGUCAUCGAGUAGCCUACGACCCGCGCGACCUCAAUGACGAGCGCGAGAUCGGCGAGAACCCGCGUCUGACGCUCAUGGAGGAGAUCCUGCUGCUCGGUCUCAAGGACAGGCAGGGCUACCUCUCGUUCUGGAACGACAACAUCUCUUACACGCUGCGCGGAUGCAUACUCAUCGAGCUCGCGCUUCGACGCCGCAUUGCUAUCACCAAGGACCCCAUGCGCAAACGCUUCGGCCUCACCGAGCGAAUGGUCGACGUCAUCGACGCAAAGAUGACCGGAGAAGUGCUGCUCGAUGAGGCGCUCAAGAUGAUGAAGGCGAGCGAGCGCAUGUCCGUCGCCCAGUGGGUCGAUCUCAUGAGCGGUGAGACGUGGAACGUGAUGAAGAUCGGGUACCAGCUCAAGCAGGUGCGCGAGCGCCUGGCCAAGGGGCUGGUGGACAAGGGCAUCCUGCGCACCGAGAAGCGCAACUUCUUGCUGUUCGACAUGGCCACGCAUCCGCUCAACGACACGAGCUGCAAGGACGCCGUGUUGCGGCGGGUGCUCACGCUUCUCACCUCGAAUUCGCCCAGCGUGCACGCAGGCACCUUCUACAAGGAGGAUGCCUCGUCGAGUGGACGACCCGUUGCACUGCGCGUCACGCGUGCGCUGUGCCUGCUCUGCUGCUCCUUCUCCGCGAACGUACUGGAGAACGCGCUGAACCAUCUCUCGUACGAAGCGCGCGAGUCGGCGUUCCAAAAGGCGGACGACAUUCUCGAGGAGUUUGCCUGCUGGCCUAUGGCGCCCAGCUCUGGUCUUGCUGGCGGUGGCGUCGGCGGCGGGAGCGGCUCGGGUGUGCCCACGUCGAUUUCGUCCAACGGACCCAAGUCCAAGGCGAAUGGAGGCGCGAGGAUCGGCGAAGGGUCGAUGCUCAACGAGCGUGCCUACGACGAAGGAGUGGUGGGCGCAUCCACUCAGGAACUCGCAAAGGCGCUGCAGAAGGAACUCGACCAAGAGGGCGAUACCUUUAUGUUUGAAUGCAUCGCAGCCGUGCUCAACGUGCUCAGCAGAAUGGACUCGCUCUUGUAA